AUCAGUUCCAAAUUCAAUUUUGCAACUUAUGAAGAGCACUUUCAGAUACUCGACUUUUCUCCAGUAAGGUAUGGACGUCUCAGAAAGAGAUUGAACAUUGGAAAGUCCGUGUGGAAGUCGUGCCUUGGGUUAGGCGCCAAGUAUCGUCAUUUUAAUGGCUCUCCGUCCAAUUUCCAGGCGAGUGUCGUCUAUAGUGAGGUUGCUACCUCGAUGUUCGUCUUCAACGAGUCCCACUGUUGCCGGUGGAAUAAAAGACAGAAUGCUUAAAUUUAUUACCAACAACCAUAAUCUUUUCGAUACAGAUUCUGGAGAUUUGAAUGUCCCUGUGGAAAGUAAGCUGUCGUGGUUGCAAAAGGAUCUUAUCAUGGAGAUUUCAGAAGUAGAACCGGACACAGGUCGUGGAGAAAUCAAGUCCAGUACUAAAGAAAAUCCUAAUCUCGUUGGUAGUUCUAGAGUCAGAGCUAUUCAGCGAUGUCACUGUAGUCCUCACGACCAUCAUCUUAAAUGUUUGGUUUUGUAUCGUAAUCUCCCUGCACGUUGCUUUUGCGGUCACUGGUUCCUUCUCGUUGAUGGACAACGCUAUGAGGAGGAGCGAGAGAAAAAGUGGAAUGAAAUUAAAGAUGAACCAGAAAAUGCUGAUCUGCUUAAACGAUUCGAUAUCUUGGAGAAAGAAUUAAACAUCCUUUUAGCAGAAGGAAAAUCUAUGACACCAAAGUCUCCGGGUGCGGCUGAAAUGAUGGACAACAUGGCUCUGAAAUGGAAGGAAAUGAAAGAAGUGUAUGCUAACAUACGCAAAAACAUGCUGCUUGACUAAAACAAAUAGGUUUUCUGUAUUUCAGAGUGAAUAAGUUUUAGACGGUUUAGCAUUAGCCAACAGUUUCAAAUAGUCUUGUUAUUGAAAUCAGCAAAAAUUAAAAUUUCUCUUUACUGUGUACAU